ACCGACCGCAGCCGGCUGUCGCCAUGGAGACCAUCUCGGUGAAGCUGCUCACCUGUGUGGGCCCUCCAGGGGCGCGCGGGGCGGAGGCGGCGGCGCCCCGGGGCCCCACUCAGGAACACCUGGCCAGCCUCCACUGGUUCUCAGCCCUCGGCCUGACGGAGGAGCAGGCGGUGUGCUUCCAGGAGGCAGUGAUGGAUCUGAUCUACUGGAAGGACACGGAGCGGUCGGGCAUGGUGCUGACGGGGCUGGUGGUGGUCCUGCUGUCCCUGUUCCAGCUCAGCAUCAUCACCGUGGUCUCCACCCUCUCGCUCGCCGUCGUCUGCUUCGCCAUCGCCGUGCGCGUCUACUACAAGACCCUGCACAUCCUCAACUGGGCUGAUGGGGAGCACCCCUUCAAGAAGUACCUGGACAUGGACAUCGGUCUGAGUGGAGAGCAGGCCGAGCAUGCUGUGCAGAAGGCCAUCGUCAUGGCGAUGUCUGCGUUGGAUACCCUGAAGAAACUACUCUUUGUCGCCAACCUCAUCGACUCCCUCAAGUUCCUGGUCCUGCUGUACCUGGCGACGUUCCUUGGGAAGAUCUUCAACGGCCUCACCGUCUUCAUCAUGGGUGUUAUCGCUAUUUUCUCUCUGCCACUUUUCUACCAGCAGCGCCAGGAGCAGGUCGAUAGCGCCAUUGCGAAGAUCCAGGCCAACGUCGACAACGUGAAGGACAUUGUGCGCAGAAUUCUCCAAGGGGAGGCCCGACCCCGGACCCAACACCAGGGGGCGCCAAACCCAAGACCCAGUGACACGAAACAACGAAAAUGUAAAGAAAACGGACAAAAAACAAGGAGUUGGGAAUGAAGAGGAAACUAAGUGGAGUUACAGGCUGUCACUCAGAUGUCUUACCCAGCAGUCUGUGCUCGGGGGGGGGGGGGGGGGAGGGUUGGUCAUACAGGGGAGGGUCCCGUGACGGACCAGGGUAACCCUGGGGGCUGGAGGGGGGUGGUUUGGGGGGUCUUAAGUGGCCGGCGUGUGCUGCUGUUACCCGGCACUCGGAGACAAUCCCGGGCUUUUCCGGGGAGACUCGAAAACAGAACGCGUCCAAGAAAAGACUCAGUGUCGUGGUGACGGGCAGCUGCAGAGCCAAUGAAACAAAGCCGUUCUUCAGUGGUGUGGGCAGCAUGGCGACAACGGGGGGGAAGGAGGGGGGGGUAUUUAUGGUUGUGAGUCAGACACCCAGAGGUCACCUACAGAAUGACAUCAUCAUCAUCACAUCCCACAAGGCCUCGUCUCCUCAGUCCAGACAGUGGUCGUCUCCAGCGCCCCCCCCCCCCCCCCCCCCCCCCCCCCCCCCCCCCCCCCCCCCCCUGGCCGUCAGGGUGCAUGUGAGGGGAGGAGACGCAGACCGGAGACGGGUUCAUUUCAUGGCUGUGCGCGUUGUGUAUAUACAGAAACCGAGUGUGCGCGUGUGUUACGAUGUGUGUGUCUGGGAGAAUGUGUGUGUGACGAGAAAUCCUUUUAGAGAACGAGAGAUUUGUGAUGAUCAACUGUUACACGCAAGCUAUUAAAGCCCACCUGCUCUGAGCACCCA